GGGGGGGUUGGUCGCUGAUAGAACGGUGUGUGUGUUGCUCGUGUUGCUUCAUUUCCUGAGUCUGCCCAAAGACAGGGAGAUACGGGGACACAGAGCCAGUGAGAGAGCGCCCUAGGGAAAGAGAGGGAGAGAGACAGACACAGAGGGGGAGGCUGGUUCCUGAUACCAAGACAAGGAAAAGCAAGGGAGGGACAGAGAGAGAGAAAAGGCUGACGGAGACCGGGAGAGAGGGGGAGAAAACAGGGGAAUAACAUUUAGAGACACCAAAGGCGUAGGGGAGGAAAUAAUAGAUUACUGUGUUCUUCUGAACACCCCCCUUUCGUUCUCUCUUUCGCGCAGUCACACCAGAUUGGACUCCAAAGAAUCUCCACCGCGUCUACCCCAGACCCCAUGGGUUAACAGACCGUAUCCAGGAGAGGCUAACAGGUCAGCUAACUCAAUGAACAGCAACAGGAAGGAGGACAUGGAGAUCUCGUCCCACUACCGGCAGCUCCUGCGGGAGCUCAGCGAGCAGCGGCAGCAUGGCAUCCUGUGUGACGCCUGUGUCAUCGUGGAGGGGAAGAUCUUCAAGGCCCACAAGAACGUCCUCCUGGGCUCCUCGCGUUACUUCAAGACCCUCUACUGCCAGGUGAAGAAAGGGGCGGAGCCACAUCACCAGACGACUGUCACUCACCUGGACAUCGUCACGGCGACGGGCUUCAAGGCCAUCCUGGACUUCAUGUACUCGGCCCACCUGGCGCUGACCAGUAAAAACGUCAUUGAGGUGAUGUCAGCCGCCAGCUACCUGCAGAUGACCGACAUCGUCCAGGCCUGUCACGGCUUCAUCAGGGCCGCGCUGGACAUCAGUCUCCGCUCUGAACUGGCCGACGUCGAGAUGGGCGCUGCCGCGGGCGCUGGGAUAGGGGGAGGGGGAGGAGGGGUGGCGUCAGAAGCCUUGGUGUCUAUCAUAUCAGGACGAAGCUCCUCUCCCUGGCUGGGGAGGCAUACCAGCCCGGCCAACUCCUCUGGGGACUCCGCCAUUGCCAGCUGCCAUGAGGGUAGUGGCAGUACCUACGGGAAAGAGGACCAGGAACCACCCAAGAGCCACGAGAGCCAAGAGGACGGUGGUCACGACUCCCAGCCCGCCUGGCCACACAGCUAUCGCCCCAUCACUGUCAAAGAGGAACAAGUCUCACCCUCCUCUGUUUCUCACCCCCGGGAUGGACCCAAUGUGGGAGCAGGGACACAGGGGGAUCAGGGGGGAGGAGGAGAAGGGCCAUGGCAGCCCUCUGGGUCUGGGCGGAGGAAAAACCGGAAGAACAAGGACACGGUCAGACACAUUACCCAGCAGGCCGAGGGGGACAGAGACAGCAGGGCGGGAUCGCCGCUGCCCUCCAUGAUGGGCGUGACGGGGUGGAGCUACAAUGGAAAAGACAUCCCAGGUGCAGAUGUGACGGAGCCCAACAGCUCAGACAGUCGCGGAGAACGUCUCGACUUUUUCCUCAAACAGGAAGAGUCUCUGGCAGCGAGCGAGGCCAACUUCCUGGGUGCCAGCGGCGAAUCAGAUGAGGCCGGAGGUGGGACCGGGGGCAGGACUACCCCAUUGGUAGCCAAUCUGAGGGCAGCGUUGAUGAGCAAAAACAGCCUGCUGUCGCUACGGGCUGAGAUGCUGGGAGACGAUAACCCUCUCUUGUUUGAAUACCUGCCCAAAGGAGGGCACUCCCUCUCACUGAAUGACUUCACAGUGAUCCGUAAGAAGUUUAAGUGUCCCUACUGUAGUUUCUCUGCCAUGCACCAGUGCAUCCUAAAGAGGCACAUGCGCUCCCACACGGGUGAGAGGCCCUACCCCUGUGAGAUCUGUGGCAAGAAGUUCACCAGGAGGGAGCACAUGAAGAGACACACACUGGUCCACAGUAAGGACAAGAAGUAUGUGUGUAAGGUCUGCAGCCGGGUCUUCAUGUCGGCAGCCAGUGUUGGAAUCAAACACGGGUCCCGUCGCCAUGGCGUCUGCGCUGACUGUUCCGGGCGGGGCAUGGCCGCGUUAUUGGACAACAACGGGGAAGUGGGCGGAGACCUCUCCCCAGAGGACGAGCUGUAUCCCGGUGACCACCAUUUCCCUGAUGACCAGACAGAGUGCGAUGGUGACGGAGAGGAAGAGAUGAUGACGGAAGGGGAUGGAGAGAUAAUAGGAGAGGUGGAUGACAAGGGAAGGAAGUGGAAGGAUGACUCGGGGAUGAUGAUGACGGCAGGAGACGGGGCGAUGGACAAUGACAAGGAGGAGAGCAAUGACUCUGAGCCAGAGCGGGUUCAGCACAACGGGAGCGAGAAGGAUUUCGGCUGGAUCUCUUAGGAUCCCAUGGGAUCAUUUAGGAUCUAUUGUGGAUCUGUUGGAAUGUCUCAGGCAGAGACAGCUCUCUUUACCCAUGUUCAUGGGCAGGCCUUCCUCUGAGUGGGGUAUGCGGGCGAUACAUGACAAUGAUCUAUAUUGACAGGGGCCACACACACAAGCUGAGCCCUGUGCUGAUGAUUGCCACGGAGAGCGAUUGAGAGAAGAGAGUCUCUUUCUGCUCACCACCUUUCUGAUCCAGUUUCUUUCCUCUUUAGUUUUUUUUUUCUUGUUUCUGAUGAGGACCAGACCAGAGUCUGUCCAUUGGUUUAGUUGUCCACCUGUCACACUGGGGCCAAUGAGGACUUAUUAAACGGUCUUGGGUGAUGUUGGACUGUGGCCAUUUGUGUUCACAGUCGCCAUUGACAUGACGGAUUGUUAAAAUGUCUUGUUGCCAUGCAGUCCUAUUUGGGGACUGUCUAUACAUUUUUUGGGACAAUCUUUUAUCUAUUGCAAAGAUGCAUGCGUCGGUCAUCGGUCGGCACAUUGUCUCCUGCAGAGUGAAACUGCCGCAGACUUGCACUUUAACGUCGACAAGAAUCCUGUCAAUGCCCACAACCUGUGGUUUACAUUUUCAAUCUGAUUUUUAACUACACAACUUGGUGACCGCACCUACCUUUAAGGAUAUAUUGUAUGUCCUCAUGACUG